AUGGAGCUGACCAAUGGGUCCACCAUCCAAGAAUUCAUUUUGCUGGGAUUUGGAACUGGACGGCAGAAGCGAUUCCUGCUCCUCAUUUUUUUCACCUUCCUUUACAUGCUCACUUUGGCCGAGAACAUCACCAUUAUCACAAUGGUGUUCCUGGAUGCUCACCUGGCCCAGCUGCCCAUGUACACCUUGUUAAGCAAUUUCUCCUGGCUGGAGAUGUGUUAUGUGUCCACCACUGUGCCCCGAAUGCUGGCUGACCUCUCUUCCCCUCAUGGGACCAUCUCCUUCUUGGAAUGCUUCUUCCAGUUCUACAUCUUCUUUUCUCUGGGCUGUACGGAAUGCUUCUUCCUCUCAACCAUGGCACUGGAUCGGUACUUGGCCAUCUGCCACCCACUGCGCUACCCACAGAUCAUGUCCCCAAAGACCUGCUACUGCCUGGUGGCUGUUUGUUGGGUUGUUGGUUUCCUGUGGUACCUUGUUCCGGCAAUCUUGAUCUCCAAGUUGUCCUUCUGUAGCUCCAACAUCAUUGACCAUUUUUUGUGUGAUCCGGGUCCUAUUCUGUCCUUGGCCUGCCCUCCACUAGGCAACGCUCCUCUCUUCAGCCAGAUUUGCUUGAAUGGUCUGAUUAUAGGCAAUGUCUCCUUUGUUGUGCUGUCCUAUGGAACUGUGAUUAUUACUCUGAUGAAAUCCUCUAGGCAAAGCAGCCGUACAAAGGCCUUCUCCACUAUCUCCUUCCACCUCAUGGUGGUCACACUUUUCUAUGGCUCAGUGGCAGGAAUGUACUUAGCCCCAGGUGGAGAGAGCCAAUCGGAGGUCACUAAGGCAGUGACCCUCUUCUAUACGGCCAUCACACCCUUUCUCAACCCGCUGAUCUACUGUCUGAGGAAUGAUCAGGUGAAAGAGGCCCUGCACAGGUUGCUGAGGAGAAAGAUGAGCAUAACUGGGAGUAAGGAAACAAUGUAA